AUGGCCCGCAAGCGAAAGACUCUUCAAUCUACCUCGCACGCCGUCGAUCUCCUCAAUGACCUGAACAGACCUGGCGUGCAGAAAAGGAGACAUACUACCCACGACACGACCGUGAACACUACGCCAGACCCGCCAGCAAAACGCUCCCUGAGGCCCCGGCCGAGUGAUCUUAAGCCUCUCAGUGCCAGCUCGCCACACACGGUCAACAAUCAAUUAACGCGGCAGCAGAACGAGUCCGACGGGGAAAGCGACGCGCAGUCUUCCGGUGAUGAACCACACGAGGAGUCAGAGGACUCAGAGGAACCAGAUGAGGGGGAACAGGAAGAAUCAGGACAAUCAGGUGUCUCAGAGGAGGAACCCUUAGCAACCCAUAAUGAUGACAAUGAUGACAAUGGACAAGGGGAAUCCCACGAGGAGGUAGACAACGACAGGGCCAAAAAUUCAGAGGAUUCGUCGCCAUUGAAUCUCUUCUCGGACGGAGCCUCGCAAUCCUUACCUCACGGUUCGCCCGAUUCUCAGAGGCAGCACGCUCCCGCCAUCGGCCAAGUGGAAGUUGUCAUUUCAAACUCAACUCGGGACUACCAGAAGGAUAGUGGAAAUACACAGAACCCGGUGGACAACGAUACGAGGCACUCGCAGCUGUCUUCGCCGACUCCCAGUCGUAACCAAUGGCCCAGCGCAAACCACAGUCUAGAACCCCAUGUCCCAGAGGCACCGCAGACCCAACUAUCUCCAACUAACCCCGAAGGGCCAGAUAACUCCAUUCACGCAUGGUUCCUGGAGGCCAUCUCCGGCUCUCAGCAAGAGAGCAACUGGAAAGAGCUCCCUGAAAAAUCAAAGACGUUGCGACGGCGCGUUCGAAAACGGAUGAAGAGGCACUUUCAAGGUUGCACCAUAAUAAUCAAGGAAUGGCGGAGACUCUACAAGAACCUGGCCGAUCUAUUACCCUCGGAGUCGCGGCGAAUAGGCAGUAUGCUACCCGAUUUUGUCAGCCUCGGCGAAGCAAUCUACACUGAAUCCCGCCGUAUUUUCGAAUAUGCGGCCGAGGUGGCCGAUGAUGAGAAUGGUUCGGACUUGAUCAAUCAAUAUGAGGCCUAUGUCAUCACAAAAAUCAUUACUGUGGUCAUGGUCGCCUUCAAAGCCUUCAAAUUGUUGGGACAACCGGGAAAGCGUCAUUUACGGGUAGCUCUGGACAUGCUCUUGAAAUGCUGCGAUCGAGUCCUUGAUCUACAGAAGUCAAAAUGUCUUAUUCGGUAUCAGGGCUGUCCCAAUACCCUGGCUACAUCUCGGUCCCUUCGGCUACCUCUGAGACGCAUCAUGGCGGCCCUAGACGCUGGCGAGUUGGACGACCCACGCGAACAGGAUGUCAAGGCGGAAUCUCUCAUAGAACGCCUUCCAAGUACUUUGCCGACACAACCAAGGUGGACACAAAGCGAGGAACAUGCACUCAUUGCUGGGCUAAGGGAGUUUCGAGGGUCUAACCGAUGGGUCAAAAUCAAGCGUUACUAUGGUCUUCGACUAACGCGGUGGACUCUGUCAGAUCUCCAGCACAAAGCAGAGGAAUUCCGAUAA